AUGACUCAAAUCAUUGAAGUCAUUCCUGUCGAUGUUCAUAUAAUGACCGACGGGUGGACUUCUGUAAAAAAUUCUAAAAAUGCAUCUCGUAAUUAUUCAUCGUUCGGAUCUCGCGGAAAAACAUUCCCUAGAUACAAAAAUAACUCUACUAGGGUGUCAAAUUUAUCUAUAAAUAAUGGCGUAAACAUUCAUAACACCUACCCUGCGGGUUUCGAAGAACCGAUUUCUCCUUCCUCUUCUGGAACUAUAUCUCCUGAUAUGUCCCAGGAAAUAUCUACUUUACCAUCAUAUCAUAUUGAAUUAUCUAUUGAAUGCCCUUUUGAUUGCCAACCAAAAGUUACUAUAAACAAUAGUACAACCUUAGUGGAUCAUUUAAAAGAUGUUCAUAAAUUACGAAUGUCUAACUUGCAUCAUGUUUAUUUGAUCAUUGAAGAAUAUCUAGGAUUUUGGGCAAAAGAAAUUAUUAAGGAUGAUGUCAAAAAACAAUUAAGCGUUGAAACAGAUGGUGAAAAGCUUCCAAAAGAUAAAAAAAUUCGAGAUAGCCUUCAACGCAAUAAAUUGGAUAAAAUUUUGCAAAUACAAGCUAAUGAACGUAACUAUAACUCGAAACUAGAACGUAAAUGUUUGUUUUGCAAGAAUAUUUGUGAAAAUAGAGUUGAUUUGUUUCGUCAUAUGUUUUCGGAACAUAAUUUUAAUAUCGGUCUUCCGGAUAAUCUCGUGAAUGUUGAUGAAUUUCUUGAAAUUCUUGAAAAAAAGCUGACAAGGUACGGCGUCUCCAGCCCAUUGACUGAACCUGGAAAAAAUUGGGAAACAUUUGAAAAGGAGCGUUGUGAUUCUGAUGAAGAACAUCAUCGAGAUGAUUCAUGGGAUGAUUGGAAUGAAGAGGAAUCACAACCGACAAACUGUCUUUUCUGCGAUACUAUAUCUCCAAGUUCUAAAGAUGUGAUGAAUCACAUGAAACAUGCACAUGGAUUUGAUUUGUUAAUUACUAAACAGGAUCUUGGGCUAGACUUUUAUCAAACAAUCAUCCUAAUCAAUUAUAUAAGGUACAAAACAUCAAAUAAUACAUGUAUGGCAUGCGAUUCAGCAUUUGAUGAUAGCCAACACUUGAUUAAACAUAUGAGUGAAGAAAAUUGUUUUGUCAAAGUUCCAUCGUUGGAUAAUUCUAUAUGGAAAGAUCCAAAGUAUCUAUUUCCAACACAACCCAAUGAUCCAUUGUUAGAACCAUCUGAAGAAUUGAAAGAAGGUAUUAAACAGCUAAUGAAAUUGAAUAAUAAAAGUGGGUCUAAUUUAGUAGAUAUUGAUGAUGUAUAUAAUGAUGUAAAUAUUUGA